GGUGCAAAGACACAGCAAGCGGACUCUUUCCCAUUGACACUGCUAAGACGCCGCCAUCCCUACAUAUUCCUACACGUGGCUCCCGACCCCCUGUGCGGUCGCCAGGGAGCUCUGGAGAGAGCAGCGCCCCGGGGACAGCACGCUCAGCUCCCAGCUCGGCCCACUAGGGGCCCCUGACAAGCCAGCUUCUGGGAGGGGCGGGGAAGAGAGAGGGCGUUUUCUGCCCGGAUUCCAGUGGGAAAACGAGGAAAUGAGGAGGCGGUUGCGCAACCUGGGCUUGGGGUGCGGCUCCGGGAACAAAGAGCGCGAACAGCCGAGGCUCUGCAAAUGCACUCAAAUCAACACCGGGGCUGAGCCCUACUGCAUAAAGACACGCAGGUUUCUCGAAGCCAAUCCAGCGCUACAGGAUCACAAGUGCUAUCUCGCAGCACCCAGGACUCUGCAUUGUAAACAAACGCCCGGGCUGCUCGAACCCAGGGACAUUUGAAAACUAUCGCUUCUCAUCGGUAUUAGCUCUGCCUCAAGCGAACGCCCUAAUCCGGAGCGUUAGCGGCGGCUGCGGCCGGCUCGCUCCUCAACCGAGCUUGGUCCUUUCCUUUGGUCCCGCCCCACUGCUCAGCGCGGAUAGGUGGCGGGGAGCAAUUCUGGCGCUGAUUGGGCAGCGGCAAAGUCGCUCAUGGAGACUGCUUUGGUUACUCCCCUUCCACCCUAUCCCUUAAUUUUAUUUUUUUGAAGAGUCUGCAUUUCAAGCUUCCAAGGUGGAGAGUGAUUGCAGAAGAGAGUGCUCCUCAUUUCAGGUAUCUUUACCCUCUAGCUGUUAAUAGGAAAACCCUUUUGAUUCAGGAUCUAAUAAAAGAAUCCAAAGAUUACUCUGUAGCCAAAUCAUGAAGUUUAAAUCAAAAGUAACUACAUUUGGAUAGAUACUAAAGUUGAAUGCCUUUAACCUUAUAAAGCUAGUAUUCUUCAGAAGUCCUAAAAUUUGCAUUACCAUUCCAUUUUAUGAUGCUUUUUAAAAAGUAUUGUGUGAGGAAUAAAUCUAUUAAAAUGAGAGUUUAUGUUUUCUUUAGGUCCUUGUUAAGCCUUCACCUAAAGAAUAAUGGGAUGCUGAGUACUUAGUAAAAUAUAUGUAUUACUUUGAAUGAGUCUAAUUUGGGAUAAUAUAAAUAUUUAUGUAAUUUUAAGUCCAAAGAAAUAGUAGCUAAUUUUUGGAUUACACUUUAUUUUUCAGUGUUAACACACAAUAUUUAGAUAUAACAGAAUUCUAUAUCUUGCAAAACUUUGAACUGUUUGUGUGUUUUUGAAGUAGCUCGUCAGAAUAGUUGUGAGCCCUAAAAGAAGCCUUAAGAUGUGUAACAAUGUCAACAAUGAGUGUAUCUAAUGGCAGUAGGCAUCAGAAAGCCAAGAGAUUCCAAGAUACUGUGUACAGUGAAAGGGUAUACAGUGGGUGAAUUAUGGCCCCAUGCUGCCUGUUUUUGGAAAUAGAGAUUUAUUGGAACACAGCUGUGCCCUUCUAAUGUAUUGUCUAUGGCUGUUCCCAUUCUCCAACUACAGAGUUGAGUAGUUGUAAUAGAGACCAUAUGGCCCAAUAGGUAAAAAACAUUUAUCAUAUGGUACUUUAUGGGAAAAAUUGGCCAACCCUGCCAUGGGACCUCAAGAUCCCUUCCUUAAAAAUACACUUAUCAGCUCUUUAUUAUUUCUUGGUCCAAUGGUUCCCAAACUAUGUUUUAUAGAGUAUUAAUGUUAUCUAAGUUAAUGAGCAUUGUGAGAAAAAGAUAAAUGCUAACAAUAUUUUUCUUUAUAAUUUAUUUUAAAAUGUAAGUUUAAGACUACUAAACUCAUUUCUAUAGCUUUUAUUUUUAUGUGAUAAUCUACCUUUAAGAAAAGGUGUGCCAUACCCGAGAGCACCAGGAAGUCGAAUGAGAGAUCACCUGAUACACGAACGUGUGAUGUUCCAUCUGCGCAUUGAUGCAUAGGCAGCAUUUACAAAUUAACUGAUGUGUUGCUAUAUAUCAUCUCUUUGAUGAUUGCUCAUCUUCUAUGUAUCUUGUCUUAUAAUGUCAACACAUUUGUGAUACUCAAUGUUUAUGCUAAAUUAACCAUGUUUUGUACCACAAAUUCAUUGCCUAUGGAUCUGUUGCUGAAACAAGGAAGUCUUAAACAAGAAGUAGAAUCUUUUUGUUAUCAAAUUGUGUCUGAAUCACAUGAUCAAAAGGUUGGAAUAUUACAAAGUGAAGAUGAGCAGUUGCAGCCUUCAGUUUCUAAAAAUUCAGAAGGUGAGCUUUCCAGGGUUAAAUUUAUGUCCAAUUCCAACAAAAUAACUACUUUUAGUAAGAAACCAAAAAGAAGAAAAUAUGAUGAAAGUUAUUUGUCUUUUGGAUUUACUUACUUUGGAAAUAGAGAUGCACCUCAUGCUCAGUGUGUAUUAUGUAAGAAAAUUUUAUCAAAUAGCUCUUUGGCCCCUAGUAAGCUUCGAAGACAUUUGGAAACUAAACAUGCUGCAUAUAAAGACAAAGACAUAAGUUUUUUCAAACAGCAUCUUGAUUCACCUGAAAAUAAUAAACCCCCAACACCUAAAAUUGUCAAUACAGAUAAUGAAAGUGCUACAGAAGCAUCAUACAAUGUAAGUUACCAUAUAGCCCUGAGUGGAGAGGCUCAUACUAUUGGAGAAUUGCUUAUCAAGCCUUGUGCAAAAGAUGUCGUGAUGCGGAUGUUUGACGAACAGUAUAGUAAAAAAAUAGAUGCAGUACAACUAUCAAACAGUACCGUUGCUCGUCGAAUUAAGGAUCUAGCUGCUGACAUUGAAGAGGAACUUGUUUGUAGACUGAAAAUUUGUGAUGGGUUUUCACUGCAACUAGAUGAAUCAGCUGAUGUUUCAGGACUUGCCGUGCUGCUUGUGUUUGUUCGUUACAGGUUUAAUAAGUCUAUUGAGGAAGACCUACUCUUAUGUGAAUCUUUGCAAAGUAAUGCCACUGGUGAAGAAAUUUUCAACUGCAUCAAUAGUUUUAUGCAGAAACAUGAAAUUGAAUGGGAAAAAUGUGUUGAUGUUUGUAGUGAUGCUUCUAGGGCAAUGGAUGGGAAAAUUGCUGAGGCUGUCACCUUGAUAAAAUAUGUGGCUCCCGAAAGCACCAGUAGUCACUGCCUAUUAUAUAGACAUGCACUAGCAGUUAAAACAAUGCCUACGUCUCUGAAAAAUGUGCUAGAUCAGGCAGUACAAAUCAUCAAUUAUAUUAAAGCUCGACCACAUCAAUCCAGACUACUAAAAAUUUUAUGUGAAGAAAUGGGUGCCCAGCAUACAGCACUUCUUCUAAAUACAGAGGUAAGGUGGCUUUCCCGAGGUAAAGUUCUUGUGAGACUUUUUGAGCUUCGUCGUGAACUGUUGGUUUUCAUGGAUUCUGCUUUUCGACUGUCUGAUUGUUUAACGAAUUCAUCUUGGCUGCUAAGACUUGCAUAUCUUGCAGAUAUUUUUACUAAAUUAAAUGAGGUUAAUCUGUCAAUGCAAGGAAAAAAUGUGACAGUUUUUACAGUAUUUGAUAAAAUGUCAUCAUUGUUAAGAAAAUUGGAAUUUUGGGCCUCAUCUGUCGAAGAAGAAAACUUUGAUUGUUUCCCUACACUCAGUGACUUUUUGACUGAAAUUAAUUCUACAGUUGAUAAAGAUAUUUGCAGUGCCAUUGUGCAGCACCUAAGGGGUUUGCGUUCUACUUUGUUGAAAUAUUUUCCUGUAACAAACGACAGUCAUGCUUGGGUUAGAAAUCCAUUUACAGUAACUGUUAAACCAGCCUCUUUAGUGGCACGGGACUAUGAGAGCCUGAUUGAUUUAACAUCUGAUUCUCAAGUGAAACAAAAUUUCAGUGAACUUUCACUAAAUGGUUUUUGGAGUAGCCUAAUUCAGGAGUACCCAAGUGUUGCACGCCGUGCAGUUCGCGUACUUCUUCCUUUUGCUACAAUGCACCUGUGUGAGACAGGCUUUUCAUAUUAUGCUGCCACAAAAACAAAAUACAGGAAAAGACUGGAUGCUGCACCUCAUAUGCGGAUCCGACUUAGCAACAUUACACCUAAUAUUAAGCGAAUAUGUGAUAAAAAGACACAAAAACACUGUUCUCAUUAAAGUUGGAGGGUUAUGCAUGCCUCUGGAUAGCCAAAUAUAAGGUGAAAAUAAAAGAUGAUUUACUUCA